AUUUUCUUAUUAAAACAGAUAUUGUUGCAGUUAACAGUGAAAUGGUGAUCACGAAGGCAAGCGAAACUCAAAUGGAAACUCAGUCCAAUUAUGACAGGAAAAGCGAGUUAAAAGCCUUUGAUGAUACAAAAGCAGGUGUGAAGGGACUUGUAGAUGCUGGUUUAACAAAGAUUCCUCGUAUAUUCAACUGUCAACAGUUUAUUUUCCAGCAUAGCUCAAAAACUGCAUCAGAUCAGCACAACAUUCCUGUCAUAGACCUUAAGGGGAACCUUGAAGUUUCAUCUUUCGAGGCAGACAUCAUUGACAGAGUUCGAAACGCAUGCGAAAAUUGGGGUUUCUUUCAGCUAAUCAAUCAUGGGAUUCCAAUUAAUAUCAUGGAUGAGACCCUCAAUGGAGUUCGUAGAUUUCACGAGCAAGACACUGAAGCUAAGAAACAACUUUAUACAAGAGAUCUCUCAAAAAAGGUACAGUACGUGUCAAAUUUUGAUCUGUAUCAAGCUGGUGCGGCCAAUUGGAGGGAUUCCUUUGUUACUUUCAUGGCUCCUGAUCCACCCAGCUCUGAAGAAUUGCCUGAUGUGUGCAGAGGCGAAGUGAUUGAAUACACAAAACAAGUAAUGAAAUUGGGAAAUACCUUAUUUGAGUUGCUAUCACAGGCUUUGGGGCUCAGUCCCUGUCACCUCAGGGACAUGGGUUGUGCUAAGGGCCUCCUGUUUGUGGGUCACUAUUAUCCACCAUGUCCUGAACCAGAGUUCACCAUGGGCACGACCCAACAUACAGAUGGUACCUUCAUCACCAUACUUUUACAAGACGAAAUAGGAGGUCUCCAAGUUCUUCAUGAGGACCAAUGGGUGGAUGUGUCUCCCUUGCCCGGAUCUCUGGUAAUAAAUGUUGGAGAUCUUCUACAGCUUAUCUCCAAUGACAAGUUUAUUAGUGCUAAUCACAGAGUAUUAGCUAAGAAAGUUGGGCCAAGGAUUUCGGUGGCAUGUUUUUAUAGGCCACACAUUCAGACAGGAGGUAGCUCAGAAAUUUAUGGACCAAUUAAGGAAUUGUUGUCAGAAGAAAAUCCUCCGAUUUACAGAGAAACAGAUGUGGAGGAGUAUACGAGAAUUUACAUCUCCAAAGGUCUGGAUGGAACAUCUCCACUCGCACAUUUCAAGCUCGUUUAGGAACUUGGAUCCAUAUUUUUUGAAGCCUCGAUGGCGUUUUUUUAUGUAAUAUUAAAGUAUUUUGCAUUUGUAAUAAACUGGGUUUCCCCCUUAUUAUUAUUGUAUAGAAUAAAGGACAAUUGUCCCGCAUAGCGUUUUAUUCAA